GGCCCAUUUGCUAAUAUAGCCCAUGGAUCCAGUAGCAUCAUCGCAGAUCAGGUAGCUCUCAAACUCGUUGGUGAAGACGGUUAUGUCGUCACUGAGGCAGGAUUUGGGGCUGAUAUUGGUAUGGAAAAAUUCUUCAACAUCAAAUGCAGUCUGCUUUCCUUUUUUUACCGUAACGAUAAAACUACUUUUCUUUUCAUAUACUCUGGCCUGAACCCAUCUGCAGUGGUACUGAUAGCAACUGUACGAGCUUUGAAAAUGCAUGGAGGAGGCCCUGCCGUUUCGCCGGGUAGUCCACUUAAGCACGAAUAUCUGGAAGAAAAUCUCGAUCUUGUCAAGGCGGGCUGUGAUUCAAAUUUGAGGAAACAGAUUGAAAACUGCAAUAAAUUUGGAAUGCCUGUAGUGGUAUGCGUGAAUAAAUUUGCUACUGAUACCGACAAAGAAUUACAGAUGGUGGUUAGCAGGGCAAUGGCCCAUGGCGCCUGCAAUGCAGUGAUUUCAGAUCACUGGGCUAAGGGAGGUGCAGGGUCGAUCCCAUUAGCUAAGGCGAUUGUUGACGCAACAUCUGAAGAUAAGGGGAAAUUCCAGUUCCUGUACCCUUUGGAUAUUCCACUUGAAGAAAAGAUUAAUAUAAUAGCUCGUGAGAUAUAUGGCGCUGAUGGAGUGGAAUUUACGAAGGAAGCAAAGGAGAAACUAGAUUGUUACACAAAGCAAGGAUUUGGAAAUCUACCAAUAUGCAUGGCGAAGACUCAGUUAUCACUUUCGCACGAUCCAUCAAAGAAAGGAGCACCUACAAAUUUUACCCUGCCUGUCCGCGACGUGAGCGCAUCGAUUGGUGCCGGGUUCAUAUUUCCAUUUUCUGGAGAAAUCACUACAAUGCCAGGACUUGCUACACGUCCAUGCUUUUUCGAUAUCACCAUCGAUCCUGUCACAGAGAUUAUCAAUGGACUCUUCUAA